AUGGUAACUUAUUGCUUUAUGCACAAGAGCGAAGGACUGGUGGUAAUCCAUGAUUGUAUAUUGCUCUGUAUCAGUGCCACCAUGAAGAGCAUAAUGUUGUAUACACGGGUUACUUGGGAAGAUGAUUUCUAUGAUACUUUUUCUAUUUCUGAAAAAACUACUGAAGAUAUACCAAUGCCUACUUACUUCCGCUUUCUCGCCUUGCUUGCCUUCAAGAUAUUUGCAGCAGAGCAGGUAGAUGUUGCUAUUUUGGAGGUUGGAUUAGGCGGAACGUUUGAUGCAACAAAUGUGGUUCAAACACCUGUUGUGUGUGGUAUCUCUUCCCUUGGAUAUGAUCACAUGGAGAUUCUUGGAAAUACUCUCGGAGAAAUUGCUGGAGAGAAGGCUGGCAUCUUUAAGGUGUUCUUUCAUGGGGUUCCACCAUUCACAGUGCCUCAACCUGAUGAAGCAAUGCAUGUGCUUGAAGAGAAGGCUUCUAAGCGAGAUGUACCUCUUCAAGUGGCGCCACCAUUAGACUCCAACUUGCUGAAUGGUCUAAAACUUGGUCUUGAAGGUGAGCACCAGUAUAUAAAUGCUGGUCUUGCUGUUGCACUAUCUUCUAAAUGGCUUCAAAGGACUGAUCACCUUGAAAUCUCCUACUUGGAGCAAACCAGCUCACUACCUGAGCAGUUUAUUAAAGGGCUAACAACAGCCUGUCUGCAAGGGCGAGCUCAAAUUGUUCCCGAUCGUUGUAUCAACAAUGAGAGCGAUGGAGAUCUUGUGUUUUAUUUUGAUGGAGCCCAUAGUCCAGAAAGCAUGGAAGUAUGUGCGAGAUGGUUUUCUCUUGCCAUUAAAGAUGACUACCCACAAAACACCUUGAAUUGUCCAUCACAGAACAAUUUUCAAUCCAUGCUUGAAUGUGUUGACAAGUACCAUAAUGGAAAAUCUGGGAAAAAUCUCAUGCAGAAUUAUCCAUCUGCUGAUGCAAAUUAG